GCGAUCGUUAUUUCUUGUUAACUGGCGUAACGAGAAUAGUAGUUUUUGGGAGUAUUUAUUAUAGAUAUAUAUAUAUAUUUUUAAGUUUGUAUGAUAACACAAUUAUUUUCUUAUAUUGUUUAUUGUUAUACGCAAAAAAAAUAACCUCAACAUUUAUAUCAUUUUAUAUUACUAUUUAACAAACAUAACAUAACAACAAGCAGUAAAAAUGUUAGAUAAGGAUGAUGUAGAUAAUGAAAAAAUGAGAAAACACAAGGAACGUCUCAAGCUCGCAUCAAAAUUAGAUGACGAGUUAAAUGAUUUUAUUAAUUCGUUAGAAAAGAAAACUUACACCGAAGGAUGGACUGAAGAAACUAUGCUAAAAGAAUUGGACAGUCAUCCGUUCUUCAUGAAGAAAUUACCAGAUACUGAAGAACCGUUACAUCCUCUUGUAGAAGGAUUGCAACAACUUAAAUAUUCAGAAGAGGAAAAUACUCCUGAGGAAUUAGCUCUGAGCUAUAAAGAGGACGGAAACUUCCAUUUCAAAAAUAAAAAAUACCGUAUGUCUAUUAUAAGUUAUACGUUAGGUCUCAGGACCAAAUGCAACGACCCAAUAUUAUUGGCAGCGCUUUACAAUAACAGAGCUGCUGCUCAUUAUAUGCUUAAGAAUUACCGGUCUAGUUUAAAUGACAGUAAACAAGCAAUAACAUUGAAAUCAGAUUAUGUUAAAUCCUUGGAAAGAGCCGCGCAUUGUUGCUUUGAAAUUAAAGAUUUUGAUCAGUGUGAUGAACUGUGCGAUAGCAUCCUAGAAAUGUAUCCAACUAAAAAAGAGAUACUGAAAUUAAAAACCAAAGUUUCAUUUGGACGAAGCAACAUGGAGGACGAAGCAAGAAAGAAACGUGCAAAAGAGACUAAACUUGCUCGAGAAGAAGAAAAAUUGUUAUCUGUCAUCAAGGAGAAAGGUAUCAAAUUAGAAUUACUGGAUGAUGAUAAAAUUCCUACAUUGCAAGAUUUGGAGCCUGAUGUACCUGCAUUGAUGCAAAACAAAGUACAUCUAGAUGGAAACAACAAACUUGUAUGGCCAGUCAUAUUUUUGUAUCCCGAAUUUCAAGAAACUGAUUUUGUACAAAAUUUUCAUGAAGAUAUUACUAUAAAAGAACAACUGGAAGAAUUAUUUUCUUCUCCAGUAGAAUGGGAUGUUGAUAAUCUGUAUGAGCCUGAUACUGUAUCAAUAUAUUUUGAAGGAAAGGAUGUAACUUCUCUUAAUAAAGUUGACAUUUCACAUACACUAGGGAAAAUAUUAAAGAGCGAACAAUUUUUCGUUCGUAGUGGAACACCAGCUUUCUUGGUAUUUGUAAAAGACAGUAAAGCUGAAGCUCGAUAUUUAAAAACUUAUAAUAUUAGCGAAUUGCAUAUAGAAGUUGAAGUAUUUGCUUGUCCCCGAGGAAGUCGAGACAAAAAACCAAAAAAAGAGUCGCGUCGUACGAGUGAGAUUCCGGCAAAGGAAGAGGAGGCACCUAGAAAGUGCCGAUUAUUUUUCGAAAUCGUGGAAGGGAAUAAUCGAAAAACGGCGAACCAUUACGGAGGUAUACAAUACGCGAGCUCAUACAGUAACGGUCGUACGGCAACGAGCUUGUAUAAUAAUAAUUGUUCUUCGACCACCACUUACGGUGCUUUUGUGCACCAACAACAACAACAACAGCAGCUGCAGCAACAACAACAGCUGCAACAACAACAACAGCAGCAACAGCUUCACGAGGAUUAUCGUCCAAUUUAUUUUUAUGUCGCUCAGCCGUACACUAUACCGUAUACGUUCGCGAAAAGACCGAGACAGAAUUCAUCCCUUCUUAGAUCGGACAACAGGUCCAAUUAUCGUGUUAAAUUUUCAAAAAAACUUCCCAACGUAGUAGACUUCUCUCAAAAGGUUAAACAGGGAGAAUUUUCGAAGAGUCUCAAUCAAGUUCACUUCGCCGAGGGCCAGAACCACCAAGGAUUUCCGCAUUUUUAUAAACCUGGCCAGACACCGCGACAUCCAAGAAUGACGUCGAUGUUUCGAAGGGGCACUAUAUUUGCAACUUUCUUUCUCUCGUUACUCGGUGGUGGAUUGGUUUGUGCUGCAUUAGUUACCCAACACUGGGUUGAGGCACGACCCUGGAGGACACCGAAUCCUCAGGAGAGUGCAGGAAGAGUUCAUUUUGGUUUAUUGCAGGGUAAAAAGGAAUUGAAUGUUGCCUAUGGUUGGAGAACCUAUCACGUAUCAGUACCUCAAAUGUUACGGCAAGAUCCAACAGUUAUGUCCUGGGGACUCUGGAUGGGAACUUUAGUAGCAACUUCAGCUGCAUUGAUAACUGCUGCCUUUGCCGCACUUUUAGCUGUGCUAAAUACGGCAACCUCACCAAGAGCUAAAGCUCUCUCUGUACCUGGAGUUUAUUUUAUAAACAUUUUAGCGUUGAUAAUGUGUAUAACAAGCGUUGGUACAUGGUUAGCACAAUAUUACACUAGGCUGUACGUCAAUGUCUUGCCAAAAGAAGACAUCGAUAAUAUGUGGACCAGCGAAGGUUCUGCUGAACUUGGUUACUCAUUCUGGCUCGUUGCAAGUGCUGCUGUUGUGCAUCUUAUUAGUAUCGCGUUAGUUGGUUGGGGUUCUGGAAGAGAAAAGGAUAAUAAUUUGGAACCGAUUCCUGCAUUGGAAGAAAAAACUGCAGCAGCAAUAAUGCUCUAUUAGGAUCAGGUUUCUUUUUCAAUAUUGAAUACGAACCGUACACUGAAUUAUUUCUAUUUCUAUUUCUUUUAAAAGUAUAUGAGUGAGAAGGGAGCGGGGGGUAUGUUAUCUCUAAACGCAUUUCCAAAAUUCUAUUGCAAAAGUUCCUUCCUUUUCUUGCCGCGUGUAAUCCACACGUUAAAGAUUAUUAUGAUAUAUCGCAAAGUAUAAUAAGAAUGACUGUAUGAUGCGCUUUUUUUUACAUUUUUCUAUGAUGCACAUUAAAGCCGAUCUUGCCCGUUUAAAAUUAUUAUUCGUUAACGAUCGUGUGAAAAGAAAAUUGAUACUUUAGGGAUGAUUUUUUAUAUGGCACACGUUACUAAUCAACAUUGAAUCAUAAUUAAUUGACGAAUCUUCUGUUAUCAAUGAUCUAAUAUGUAUUAUUUCUUCUCUUACAAUAUCUUUAAUUGUAAUUGCUUUCAAUUUGGAAGCUGAUAACCGUAAAUAUUCGGUUAAAAAAAAGAUUAAUGACGAAUGUUAGUAUAUAUAUAUAGCUUUUAAU